UACAACGAUCGAUAGUAUCGAAUAACUAUCGCCUUCGGUCCCACCUCUACAACCGCAGCCAACUUCGCUUCUUUCUUUCCAAAAAAUUUGAAGAUGUCGAAUAUCAAGCGGAAGAAGACCAGGAAGCUGCGUGGUCAUGUCAGCCACGGUCACGGCCGUAUCGGCAAGCACCGCAAGCAUCCCGGAGGUCGCGGUAACGCUGGUGGCAUGCACCACCACCGCAUCAACUUCGACAAAUACCAUCCCGGUUACUUCGGCAAGGUUGGUAUGAGGAACUUCCAUCUGCGCCGCCAGCACAAGUUCAGGCCCGAGAUCAACCUGGACAAGCUCUGGUCCCUGGUCGGAGCCGACAAGUUCGCCGAGUUGGAGAAGGAGAAGAGCACCAAGGCUCCCGUCAUCGACUUGGUUAAAUUCGGCUACUACAAGCUGCUGGGCCGUGGUCACCUGCCCGCCCGCCCCGUCAUCGUGAAGGCCAAGUACUUCUCCAAGAAGGCUGAGGACAAGAUCAAGAAGGCCGGCGGUGUGUGCUUGCUGAGCGCCUAAGUUAAGAUUCCCUUCAACAGAAAAAAAGCAAGUGGACUACAUUCGACCAUCUAAAAUGUAUUUGUUUUUUAAUAAAUUUAAAAGAAAAACAAGUAUCUGCUAUUCCUAAAAA